GUAGGAGGCGCGCGCGCUGAAUUAGGGUGGAGUGAACUUGGACAUCCACUGUGACUUUUCGUCCCUCACCCUUUAUUUAAUUAGGCAGCAAACAAACAAACAAAAAAGCGCCAUGCUAUAGUAUACCUGAUGUGGGUGAAAAAUCGAUCAUAACACUACAUGAGAUUGUAUUUAAAUGUGCUCGAGUCAGGCGCGUGAUUAAACAUGGGGGACGUGAGUGAAGCGUCUCUGCUGGAUUUCAUCUAUUCCUCUGGCGGAAAAGUUACAAAUUCAGACUUGAUGAAGACCUAUAAGCAGUUUGUAAACCAUAGUGAUUUGCACCUACGUGCCAAAUACAGGGAGGACUUCAAGCUCAUCAUAGACAAGAUAGCCGUGUGUAAGUCCGAGAAUGGAGAGAAGUACCUUAUCCUGAAGAAGAAGUACAGGCAGCUCAUGCAGGAGCACGAAUCUGAACCUGCGGCUUCGGAACGGAGGCCCAAGAUAAAAAUGAACCAAGUCGAAUGGUGUGUAGGACCCACCAUUACUGUCACUGAUGCCCAAGACCCGGACGACGGGGAGGAUGUGACAGCUGACCAACCCUUACGGGAGAACCCAGAACCUCUGUCAGAGGAGAACCCAGAAGCCACAGACGCAGAGGAUGAACUGGAAAAGGACUCGGGGUCGAAGUCAGAAUCGGAGCAGGAGGAGGAGUCUACGGGUAGCGUAGGCUCUGCAGCUGUGGCUCUGGAUCCUGUUGAGAAAGAGUGGAUCUACUCUGCAGCAUGCGGCAGACUCUCGCACCUCAAACAGCUGCUCAAACAGGACGUGUCACUGGCCAACAAAAAAGAUUUUACUUCAUUUACCGCUCUGCACUGGGCUGCUAAGCACGGGAGAGAGGACAUGGCUACGGCGAUGGCUGACGCAGGGGCCGACAUCAACACCAAAGCUGGAUACACACCUUUACACAUUGCUGCACUACAUGGCCAUACGCGUAUAUUUAAUCUACUCAUCCAAACGUACGGCGCUAAGGAAAACGUGCGAGACUACAGCGGUCACAUGGCGUCCCAUUACCUGAAGAUCCAGAAAGCAGAGGAGAGCGGCGAUCUGAACGCCGGAUACCACAGCCCAGCGCAGGUGACCGAGCGCCGCAACAGGAAGUUAACGUCCCUGUUUCACUCGCGGAAGAAAUGGGGUUCUGCAGAAGAUCUGGCCCCCGUCCCGGAGGAGAGGAGCGUCCCGCAUCAGCUCAUCGUCCCUGCCUUCAGACCCAGGAAGUUCUCCCGCUGAACUCCCAGCACUGCUACCGCGAGCAUUGACGUACAGUUAGUUCUCGCUACGGCGGAAACAUUUGCAUACCUGGUGUUUCCUUCUUUACACACACAUACCGUAUAUAUUUUUAUCCAGUAGCCAUGCGGAAAUAUUACACGCUCACCGUUUUUAUUUAUGCUUCUGUGUCCGAGCUUUUAUACCUCUAAAAUAUAUUUCGUUUUUGUUUUCAUUCCUGUAUCUUUUAAAAAAAAUUUUACUUCACACAGUAUGAGAGUCAAGGUCAUACGGGCGGGUUUAAAAAAAAACAAAAAACAUGGUUUUAUUUUUUUAAAUUCUGUUAAUGAUAAAAAAUACAGUUUUCAUGCUGCUACAUAUUUUCUAAAGCCUACAGAACCACAUUUUGCUGGUUGUUAGUUUUUAGCUUUACAUGACUAUUUUAAAAUGUGUUUUAUUUAGCAUAUUUCGGUUUAUUUGUUAUUAAUGCUAAAUGAAAAGUGUUCUAGCAGUGCCAUCUUGUUCAAGGUGACACUAAUUUGUGCUAUGGGGUUUGUUUUGAUUUUUUUUUAUGAUUUAGAAUAUCACCAAAAUUAAGACAACUUAAUUUGUGCCUUAUGCUCGAAGUGUAAAAUGUGUUUACUUAUUAUUAUUAUUAUUAUUUUUUUUUUUUGGAAGAGCUUAAAAAUGUUGUAAUGCAUAUUUUUCAAAUUGAUGAACAAAAAUAUCGUGUUUUUUUUUUUUCACUCCGAUGUGCUUGGGGUGUUUUGUGUACAUUGGCUCACAUGUGUGCUGAUUGUUGUGCUGUUGUCAAUAAUCAACACAUUUCCAGUGACUAAUGACUGGGUCAGACACGUUCUUGCCCGGUUCUCGGCUGAUUAAAAACCCAAUUUGGGGAUAAAAUGAA